AUGACCCUCAGCAGCUGCCAAAAACUAUGGAGAACUUGCAUCCCUCGAUCGAUCCCAUCAGGAACGACCACCACGCACUUGGGCCCCUACUCUUCGCCCUGGGCUUGCCCAGCCAACCCUCGAACUGGUCGAUCGGCUAGCUUCUCGUCUCACCCGACCCACUAUUCUGAAAACGAGCAGAACAAAAUGACCUUAUCCAAACUCGUCGAAAAGGAAGUCAAAGCAAAACCUCUCAAUUCUCUUCCCACCUUCGGUUCUCAAUGGGGCAAAUACUUCAGCGAUGGAAGUCGUCGAUUAUCUUUCAAUCCUAACCAAGUCUUGAAACCUUCGGACUUGCAACUAGAGAACCUAAUCCAUCCAGCGGACCGCGAGAGCCGGAAACCACGACCGGUCAUUCGACGGCCGCCGACGAAGAGCGAAGUGCGACUCACGGACCCGUUCCUAUACUAUAACAUCAACAUCCUCAACGAACCCUACAAUCCCGACCUGCUCGCUAACUUCAUCACCCCGCUCGGGCGGAUCAAGAAACGCGCGCUCACCGGCCUCUCCAAGGGUAACCAGAAAAAGGUCUCAAAGGCUAUACGAAGAGCUCGCUGUAUGGGCUUCCUCCCUUACUUCGGCAAACCUCUAGAGAGAUACUCUGAGGACCAUCAACAAAGAAGAGACGGCCCUGGUGUCGAUUUACCUCCUUUUGCUCGAUGA